AUGUCGCUUCAUUGCUUCUUCGGUGUGGAGAUGCGGGCGGACGGGACACCGGUAACGCCGCCAAUGCCUCAGAACAGCUCUCUGGUGCUUACGCACUGCGCCCUCACUUCCACCACUGGCGGCGCCGUCACUCUUUACGUGCAGAGCCACGACCAGCCGAGCCGCUUCGCUGUCUGCACGCUUGCCGCCGACCGUAAUAUCUACUACGCCCCGCUACAGCUUGUCUUCACGCAAAAGGCCUCUUUCACACUGGUCUCGUCGCAAGGCACGGCUGCCAGUGGCUCGGGCGCCGCUGUGCACGUCACCGGCUACUACGAGAGCGAAGAGGGGUACGAUGCGAUGGACAGCGACAACGAGGACGAGGAGGACGAGGAGGAAGGGGAUGCGGAGUUGACAAAGCAGAAGGUCGGUCGCAAGCAUGGACGAUCGGAGAACAAGCAACAGCUGCAGAAGGGGACUGACAAGAAACAGAAUAAGAAUAACGGCGGUGACGGCAAGGCGGCGAAGCGGAAGUGA